AUGCGACCUAUGCAACAAAGCAAAAACCUCACGGCACAAACCCUACCGCUAUCCAAGGAACCCUUAACUGGGGCUAUAUACGACAGCAUCCUUAUAACCACGGAACGACUCACAAAGUACGCCUACUUCCUACCGUACAAAGAAAGUAGCAACACAGACGACCUAGCCUACACGUUUCUACGAACCAUCGUCAGCCAGCACGGACUACCCGACGAAAUCAUCUCCGACAAAGACAAGCUCUUUACGUCGAAAUUCUGGAAAUCACUUAUGGCACGGCUUAGAACCAACCAUAAACUCUCAACAGCAUACCACCCGCAAACGGACGGACAAACCGAGCGAAUAAACCAGACACUGGAACAAUACCUACGCUGUUACAUCAACUACGAACAAGAUAAUUGGGUCGAACUGUUACCAAUCGCCCAAUUUGCCUACAACAACUCCGAAACAGAGUCAAUCGGAACAACACCGUUUUACGCGAACUACGGAUUCAACCCAGACAUGACGAAGGAACCACUCCCAGGAGUAUUGGCGGAAAAGGCUAUCACGCACGCCGACAAACUGCAAGACUUGCAAAGAAACUUACAACAAGAACUACUUUUCCUUCAACAGCGGAUAAAGGAAUGGAACAACAAGAAGAGAGUUAAAGGACCAACUCUUAAAGAGGGAGACCCUGUCUACCUACUCCGUAAAAACAUCAAAACAAAACGACCAAACGACAAACUCGAUUUCAAAAAGAUUGGACCAUUCAAAAUCGACAAAGUUGUUUCACCUGUCAACUACCGACUAUCACUACCUCGAAAAAUGAGGAUACACCCAACAUUUCAUAUCUCAUUACUGGAACCAGCACCACCCGAUGCAAAAAUCGAAACACGGCUCGAAACCGAACCGGACCAAGAAUACGAAGUCGAAGAAAUCCUGGACCUACAGAAAAUCAAUGGUCAAUGGAAAUACCUUGUCAAGUGGAAGGACUACCCACCGUCGGAGAACACUUAG